GCGAAGUCAGGGCUUAAAGUCAGUUGUUUUGGUAGUUUCGUGACGUAUCGAUCGUAGAGCAAAAUUAAAAGUAUUGUUUUUGUGAAAUGUGUGAUUGAUUGAAUAACAGUUUCGUAACUCUGUUAUCUUCAUUGUUAUAAAAAAGAUACCGAGAUACUAUAUCUAUAUAAGUCAUUGCUUAAAUUGCAACAGUAAAGUUGGUCAAGGAAAUAUGUAGUUCUAAAUAGGUGUUACAUGGAUACUAGUAGAGCUGUACUAAAUGCCAUGUAGGAUACUGUAAUUUGCAUAGAAAAUGAGUGCUGUUGGUUUUGAGAACGCAUUAGAAGGAGGUGAAUUUGGUGAGGGCUUUGGUGAUGAAGAAAGUUCUUCUGAAGAUGAAUCUGGUAGUGGGAGUUCUGAUGGUGAGACUGAUGAAGAUGAUUCAGAGAGUGAGGAAGAAACCACUCAGAAUGAAGAAGAGGCAGUUCACUAUGUAUCAGAUGAUGAUGGUGAACGGGAAGCUUGCCCCAUAUGUCUGAACAGAUUCAUUGGUCAAGAUCUUGGCACUCCUGAAAACUGUGAUCACACUUUUUGUUUAGAAUGCAUUGAAGAAUGGUCUAAGAAUAUUAAUACUUGCCCAAUUGAUAGAACAGAGUUUCAUCGCAUAAUUAUGAGAUCUACCCCUGGUGGAGAAGAGAUAAGAAAGAUAAAAGUGAAAGUGAGACCUAAAGAACCUGAAGAAAAUAUGCAGGAGAGUGUUACAUUGUGUGAGGUAUGCCGCCUUGGGGAUCGGGAAGAUCGUCUGUUACUUUGCGAUGCUUGUGAUCUUGCUUAUCAUUGUGAGUGCCUUGAUCCUCCUUUAUUUCAUAUCCCCAUUGAAGAAUGGUUUUGUCCACAUUGUUCACAUAUUAUGGAAAAUGGAGCAGUUGCUGGGCCUAGUCAUUCUAGAGCAAGGAGAGUUAUUCCUCGCACAAGAGCAAGUGAAACAGUUCGUUCAAGAGUUCAAACCUUAAGAACUAGUGGUUCUGCUGUUAAACAUAGAUCUCCAAGUGUUACCAAGUCCAAACCUCCUGUAACAAAGAAACCUCGGAAAAGGAAACGAGCAUCAUAUAGACCAGUUAAAAAGGUGGUCAAAUUAGCUCGCACACAGAAAAAUGUUUUAGAUGCAGGAAAAGGAAAAGUAGCUGCUACAGGUGCAACUAUAACUUUAGUUACAUAUCGAAAGAGGAGGAGAAGGAGAAGAAAGAGAACUAGAAGAAAGCUUAAAGUAUCAAGAAAAUCUCUCUCCUCUUCAAAAUCUCUUCCUGUUCCAUCUGUAAAGCAAAGAAUUGCUGAUCGUCUUGGAAUUUGUAAACCUCCUGCUGGGUUGUCUAUACCUAGAGUAAAACAAAGUUCUGUUUCUCGACAGUCUGCAUGGUCCGAUAGACAACCUUCUUAUUUUCUUUUUGGUGAAAGAGAUCAGUUGAUGAACUUCAGUGAAAAUUUUAAUGAAGAAGAUGUGAAACCAACUAAUACAGCUGGGCCUUCUACUAGUAGACAAGAAGAACCAGGAUCAUUUCCGGCACCUGUAAAUAUUUUAGAUAGCAUAAUGGCUGGCCAAACACUACUUCAUUCAAAGUCUGACAAUAUAAUAAUAAAAACAGAUGGCUCAUUAAUACUAAAAAAAGAUCAAGCAAAGGACAAAGCAAAUUCUCGGAAUCUCAAAAGUGAUGGAAAUGUUAUUUCUAGGACUCCUAUGAGCAAAGCACUAAUUAAAAAUGGUGUUAUAUCUGACAAUAAAUGUAGUAAAUCUAAAAAUAAAUCAUCGUUCCCAAAUUCUGAAUCUAAUUCUAAGUCAAGUUGUUCCAUUCCACUUAAAUCUGUUUCGUGUUUGAAAAAAGAAUCUCAAACAAAAACAAAUUCUUCUCUUAAGAUUAAAUCCAGUGAUUCACUUCAUCAUAAAAUAAAGCAUUCAGGAGAUGCUACAAAGUCAAGCUCAUUAUGUAGUGGUGAUAAAAGUCUCAAAAAAGAUAUCUCUCAAACAUCUAACGUAAUGAACAAAAAAAUUAAAUCUGAAAACAAUAGCAAUAAUGUUUCUUUGAGUUCUUUUUCUUCAGGAGCUUCUCAUUGUAAUGUAUCAGAUUCUUUGCCUGUAUCGAGCUAUUCUCCAAAGCAUGAAGAUAAUAAAAAUCUAUUUAAAAAUAAGUGUACUUCCAAUAAAAUUUACAUUGAAAGAAAUACCUCAACUAAUACCAGUAUUUCUAAAAAUAGUUCUGUUCGGUAUGCAUCAGAUGUUAAUUGUCAUUCCUUUGCAACAUCUGCUGAAACCAAUCUUGUUAAUAAUGAAAAUGUUAUUUCACCUCUAACUUCUGUUAAAAAGGAAAUACUAUCUGAUGAUGAAACUAACAUGGAUGUUUGGGACAAUGACAGUCAGUUUUCAAAUAAUUCUUCUGGUGCUAGCGAUAAAAUAUCAUCUAACCAACCUAUUAAAACAGAUAUAGGAUCUGAUGAUGAAACUGACAAUGAAAGUGGACCUAACUACAGUGAAAAACCAAAUAAUGAUGGUGGAAAAUUAAAGUUACUUAAUAGAUCAAUUACUAAUGUUUCAGAUGAAAAUAUCGUAUCCCAAGACUGUUCUUUAAAUUUUAGUGAUGAUUCUGAAUUUGAAGCAUCACUCAGUUUACUUGAAAUCCCUGAAGUGAGUCAGAAUUCACUGUCAUCUAUUACAAAAGAAAGUAUUUCUGCUUUACAUCAAAAUAACAAGAGCACUGCUUCCAGUAUUGAAAAGAAACACAAAGUUAUAAAAAAAGAGCCUCUUCCAUCAGAUGAUGAAACAGAUCUUUUUUCUUCUGGCAAUGAUGUUUUUAGAAAUCCAAAUUGUGUUUCUAGAAAAACGUACCAAAAUGAAAAAAAUAUCAAGGAAAAGGUAUUGCCCAAUAAAAAACUUAACUUAAGAAAUGUUCACAAAGUUACAUAUGAUUUGGGAAAAAACUCUUUAGAACAUACAAUUUCAGACUUUGAAAAUAGUCCAGACUAUGUGGAAAACAUAUAUGAUAUUAAUGUAGAGUGCCCUCCUACACAGCCUAUUGAUAAUUGUAUAUCUGAUGUGCCUAGACCUAAUAUCACUUUACAAGAUUUAUGCAUUAAGUCGCACUUUAAGAAUCAAGUACUUCCUACUACACUGAUAGAAAAUAAAGAAAUUGCUUCACAUGUACCUUCCAUUAAUGUUAAUAGUCAUUACGACUCUGAUAUUCCUGAAAAAGGUCCAUAUAAAUCUUUGUUUGAUAAAAACAGAUUAUUACCUUCGACUUUACAGUUUCCUGAUUGUGAUCUAUCUCCUACUCAGUCUGUUGUACAAGCUGUGAACGAAGAACACGAUCCUGAAUCCAGUGAAUCUCCAAUAAUGUCAGAUGAUAACCAAGAUGCAGAAUUACCUGCAACUCAAAUCUUUCCUACUGUUAAAGGAUUACCUGCAACUCAAUUGGAAGAAUCUAUCAAUGAUAAUAAUAAAUUUAAAUCCGAUAAAUUAAAGAAUGGCAGUUGUAUCAAAUCUUUGAAUAAAAUGAAUAGUGAUCAAGCUCCUAAAUUGACCGUAAGAGAAAACAUUCUUGGUACGAAAAUAGUUAAUGACAAGAAACUGCCACAAAUAGGAAAACUUUCAGCUAAUAAAUUGUUAAGAAGCACUAGAAAUUUUAUUAAUAAAGAAUACCAGAAUCCUAUUCAGAACAAAUAUUCAUCUAACAAUUAUAUACUUUCAGCUAGUUUAAAUUCUAAAACUGGAGAUAGUGGUAAUCAGUCAUGUGAUGAAAAUGAAAUUCCUGCAACACAGCUAUUUAAUUCCGAUGUACUUCCUAAUACACAGAUGAUUGCAUCGUCUGAUGAUAAAAGUAAUCAAAAUGAUAAAAAUAAGUCUCAACAGGCAUUUACUGUGUCUAAUUCUAAAAGUGAUGCAAGGAUUGAGUUUUUGAAUGCUUUUGAUGACAUUGGUGAAGCAGAUUUGCCUGCUACUCAAAUUCUUCCUUUUACCCAACCCUUGGAAGUAGAUAAAAGAGCACUAAUAAAUGAAUCAAAUACAAAUUCAAACAGUAUUCAUUUUUCCUCUGAAGACUCUAACAAUUUAGAUUGUACUCAAAAUUUUGCGAAUCAAGGUAGAUGUGAAUUAGAUAAAGAUACUAACAUUAAUUCUGCUAUUAAUGUUGCAGAUAAGGGUAUUACUACUGAUUCUGAAUGUAUAUUACCUGCUACUCAAAAUGGGAAUGAUUCAUUGUUAAAUAUCUCCAAGGUAGCUCAAAUUUUAUCAAAACAUCAUUUGACUAAUUCUUCUGUUCCUAAUACUUCUGAGUCAGAUGAAUUAGCAGAGGAACCUAAUCAUAAAUCUAGUGAAGGAUGUCAGUCAUUUAGUGUGGAGGUGUCUAAUACUGCUGAAUUACAAAAGCAAAACUCCAAACUUGAUAAAUUAGGUACAGAAAAUCCUCCUCAUAAAACAGGAUCUGGAACUGAGAAUGAAGAAUUAACACCAGAUAAAAUUAAUGAACUCUUGGCUUUGUCAAAAAAUAAAAAACAACCUUUAGCAAAAGUUGGAGUGCACAAACAUUUGCCUCAGGUUAUAUUAUCAGUACCUGCAAAAACUAACAUUGUUCCAAAACCAGCUAAAAAGAAUACAUUUUCUUUUUAUCAGGUUGUAGAAAAACAGCAAACUGUUUUAAAUCAAAGCAAUUUGCAGAGUCAGCAGUCUAAAAAUUCAGUCUGUGAGCAUAAGGAAUUGAAUGAUGGUAUCAAUCAGUGUGGCAGCAACAGUGUGAAUACAUCACAAAUGGAAGAUUUUUUCCUCAAAAGAUCUGAUGUAGAAAAUAAUAAUAUGGGUUUAAAUAAUAGGAAAAGAUUGGGAUUUUUGUUACCUGAACUUGAAAAUCAUAUGAAUGAAACAUUAAGUUCAUUCUCAGAUGGAAAUCAGGAACUUCCAGCCACUCAAAGGAUUGAACAUUCAGAUGCUGCUGAAGAUUCUAUCACUGAAAUGCAAAACUUUAAUAAUAAAAAGGUAUUUUCAAAUGAGAUUGAAAAUUUAAAUGAAAAUACUUCAUGUGAUAAAAAUAUGAAUGAAGUAAAAAGAAAUUCCAAUAAGGAACAGGUAUCAUCAGGCAACUGUACUCUCGAAGCUCAAAUAAAUGUGCAUCAGGCAUCAAAUAUGCAAACUGAAGAUUCUCUUUCUACAUUAAAUUUGAAAGAUAAAUCCAGAAAACAUUUGGAAAAUGAUAAAAGUAAUGAUACAAAUGAAGCCUCUUUACUUAAAAAUAGUCAUGUGCCUAAAGUGAUUGAGCACAAAGAAAGCUUGAAACAGUGCACAAAAAAUAAAAUUUUAGAUAAAAGUGUAAAGCUGUUUGUGAAGGAUACUAUUCAAAAUGGUAACAAAUGUGAUUCAAAGAGUUCUUCACAUGAUACGCAUAAAACUAAGCAGCAUGAUAAAUCAAAGAAAACUACAAGUAAAAAAUCUUCUCAAAAUAAUGAUACAAACUCAAAAGUGCCUAAAUCAGGAACUAAAAAUUAUAAUAAUGUUUCAAAAACAGAUUUGAAUGUACAUGAAUCCCCAAACGCAUUGCAAGAGAAUUCUACGAAGUAUAAAAAUAAAAAAUCUUCCUCACAAAAGGAAAAUAAAAAAUUGUUUUUGACCGAAAAACAAGCUAAAGUUUCAGCUUGGUCAAAUGAUACACAGAAUGAUCUUUCAAAUAAUUAUACUCAGCCUCUUUCUUCUAAUGCCUUUCAAAAGAAAAAGAACUUAAAAGGCACUUCAUAUUUUGUUGCUGAUAUAAAGCAAGAAGAUUUGUCUGAUGAUGAAAUCUUCCCUUCAACCCAAAAUAUAAAUUCUGAAUUAUCAUCUGAGACCUCCAAAAAAUCUAAUCAAAGUAUCCAUUCUAAGCUUAACUAUCUUCAGCAUGGAAAUAGUAAUACACCUGUUAAUUCUAUUAUUGAUAAUGGAAGUAAACUUGAUACUUCACGAAGAGGUGAUGUUGUUUCACAAGCAAAGCAAAAUGUAACAUGUGUAUUUAAUGCUAAUAUAAAACAGGAAAUUCUUGAUGAUGACGGUCUUCCCCCUACUCAAGCAAUAAAUAUUAGUGACAAUAUAAUACAGACUUCUGCAAAAGAUGCAGUUAAGCAAUGUAAUGUAACAUCUGUUAAGACAACAUAUGUAGGAAGUGGUUUUUUGAUUGAAAAUGCAGAGGACAUGAAUGACUUAAAAGCUUUUAAACUCCCUAAUCAUACUGCACUGCAAAUAAAAAGAGAGAUACCUGAUGAGGAUUGUACUGUGCUAUCAUCUGUGAUUAAUUGUAAUGUUAGUAUUAAAAAGGAAGUUUUAGAUGAUGAUGAUAUAGAGUGUAUUGGUGUACAUCAAACUAGCAGUAGUAGUAAUGAAACUUCAUUAAAAACUACUGGUGCGGAUGGAUUUGCUUUAACAAGUAAUAGACCUCUUUCUCAAUUUCAGUUAAAUGCGAACAUUAAAAGGGAAGUUUUUUCUGAUGAUGGGGACAUAAUUGUAUCUGAUGAUGGAGAAGUAGAAUGCAUUGGUGUACUUAUUAAGCCAAAGAGGAAGAAAAGAUUUUCCUCAAAGAAUUUGGAAGAAGGUGGACUGAUACCAGGUAGUGAUGGCUGCCUUUCCCUAGCUCAAGUAGAUAUAAAUAUUAAAAGGGAACCUCCAUCUGACAAAGAGAAUAAAUGUACUGAAGCGAGUAAUAAAAGUGAAACUCCAUUAAAACAUUCUGAAAUAGAUGUUAAUAUUGAGAGAGAUCAUCUGUGUAAUGACAAGAAAAAAUGCACUGAAAUAAAUGAUCAAAGUAGAACGACAUUAAAACAUUCUGAAGAAAAUGGGAAUGUUUCAACAGAUGGUGGAUUUCUGUCUGAAGUUGUGAGGAAGAGAAAAUUAAUGGAUAAUUCAUCUAGUAUAUCUUUUCCUAAAAAAGGCAAAGUUGAAUCCUCCAAUAGCAAACAAAAAGAGGGAAAUAAUAAUAAAGUUAGUGAGAAAUGUAUAAAGAAAUCAGAAAAUAGUGUUAAAAAUUAUACAAGUGAAUCUAAAAAUAAAGAUAAACACAUUCAGAAAAACAUUCAAAGUAAUAAACGCAAGUUCACGGAAAUAUCUAGUACUCUCAAUUGUGAUGCAAAUAGCUCAUCAAAAACCAGAAAUGAUUGUGAAAGUGAUAUUUCUUAUGUAAAAGAUAAGUCAAAAAAUAUUUCCUCAGAUGAAAGAAUAAGGGCAUCAUUUGAUUCUGAAAGAGGUAAGAGAAGGUGCAUAGAAAAUGAUGCACAAAUUGAAGAAGUAGAUCGACACACUGUAACUGCAGACAACCAUAAAAAUACAAAUACCUAUUUGCACAAAAGCAAAGAGGUACAAAAAGCAAAAAUUCUACAAAAGUCAACAAAUCUGCAUCAGAAAAAAAUUUCUAUUAAUGGAAUUGAUCAUAUUUCAGACCUUAAAGAAAGAGACUUUAAUAAGGAGAACCCUGUGCAAAAGAGUAAUAGUACAAAAUGUAAUUCACAUUCUGCAACUUCAAAGAAUCAUUCUAAAGAUCCAAAAGAGUGCUACAAUAAAGAUUUAAAAGGGGAAAUAAUAGCUGAAGUGAAAGGUGUUAUAGAACCAUUUUACGCUGGUGGUCUCAUUACUAAAAAAGAUUAUAAGGAUAUUAUGCGCAAGGCUGAACCAAAAGUUGAUAAAAAGCAAGUUUUAAAGGAACAGAUAGCUGCUGAAAUAAAAUUAGUUUUAAAACCAUUUUACAGUGGUGGUCUUAUUUCCAAAGAAGAUUACAAAGAUAUAAUGCGGAGAGCUGUACCGAAGGUAUUUAUGAAUUGUGGAAAGAUUAUAAAUCCAGAAAAAAUUAAGAAACUGGUGCUUAAUUAUAUAUCACUGUUGAAGAGUUCUUUAUAGUGACAAAAGGAAGUGUAUAUAGUGCCUUUAUUGUACAGAAAAUAUCCUCAGGAAUUUAAUAUAAAUUUGUAUUGUAAUAUAUUUUUUAAUAAAAUACUGUUUCAUACACUA